AUGUUGACAAACGCAUCGGCCGUGAGCUUAUCUAGUAAUCUACCUAAUCUUCUCAAAUGCAUUGCUGGCUUUGUUUUUGCGUUCAGCAUAUGUUUGGCGAACGUCAUCAUAAUUGUGGCCUUGCUACAUUUAAAGAAGUACCUUACACGACAAACCCAAAUAUUUCUGCUGAACAUGGCUUCGGUUGACUUGCUAACUGGAAUUUUUAUUGUUCCUCCUUUGAUGGUAAUUGAUUUGCCCGGUAAUAACAUGACGUACGAUGGAACGUUUCACGUUUACUGGCUCACAGGCGGGGGAUUGUUAUUGAAUGGCCGCGUUUUCGCGCUUUUUUUAAUAGCGUUGGACAGGUAUUUGUCGAUUUGUCGUCCAAUGCGUUACCCAAAUUUGCUAACGUUUUCCCGAGCGCGGCUGAGCCUGAUGUUCUCCUGGGGACUUGCAUUUGUGAUAAUUCUACCUCAGCUGAUUGCUUUUACAACAAGAAAUGUGACAUCAACAUCUCCACCUUACGAUUGGACUAGCAAGGGAUUCCGCCUAGGGGUGCUGAAAGUAAAAGAACCGGAACAUCAGUUAAACAAUGAAGACGGGCCCCCGAAAAACUUAAGCACGUCACACGGGCUUUCUGAAUCGGUCCCUAAAAAAACCGUCCAAAUGCGGAUUCAUCGGGGAAAUUAUAUGACCGUGGGAACAAAGGAAUUAUUUGCACAGCUUCCAUGUACUAGUCGAACGUUGGGUUCCCGGCUUAGCCGACGGACUGCCGUUGUGCCUAAUGUGGACCUUGACGGGUCUCAGUCCACGAGAAAUUUCUUCAGAGAAGCAGACACAAUCAGUAGACAUCGACAGGAUGGUGCUUCAGUUAACGGACAAGAGAAUGAAGGAGAGCGAAACAGCAAAGCCGCAGCAGCUUUAUCGAAUAUACCAGCGAGAUCAAUUAUAACGUCUGACGGUGACUUACAAGAGCGGGACCCUUCUGUUCACCAAACUACCAGUCAUCUGAUCGAUUGUGAACGCAACACCAUGAAGUCACGACCUACUGUAAAGGUUGCGUGGUGGAGGUCUGCACGAUCUCACUCGUCCUUGAAUAAAUUCAGGCAGCGACACAAAAAACUAAAAGACCUUGGUUCAAUGAUUCCAUUCACUGUACUUCUAUCUGCGUUCAUUUUAUUCAGUCUUCCAUACCAGUUUGUUCAGGUGUUGCAGGCCUUGUGGAUUACGCCACACCUUUCAAACGAAACACAGUUGACCUUGUUCUGGCUGGCUUGUACAAAUGCAUUAAUUAAUCCGGUAGUAUUGACAUUUUGGUCUUCCGCAUGCAGAGCAAAGGUUCUUCAUCUCGUUUCAUGUGGCAGAUUUCACCCCAAUCAGAUGGCGAUAAAGAGGUUAAUUAUUGCCAGUUUUGGGACUGCCAACUUACCCUACGGGCGGCAUGUGCGUCCGCGGAGCAUGAUCAGUUGA